UCCUCUCUUACCGCCAUCAUCACUAUUUUUUUUACUCAUCAUGGUUGCUCUCGUUCAACGUCCCGCUCCCACUUUCAAGGCUGCCGCCGUCGUUGACGGUCUCUUUGAGGACAUUUCUUUGACGGAUUACCUCGGCCAAUGGGUCGUCCUCUUCUUCUACCCUAUGGACUUCACCUUUGUCUGCCCUACCGAAAUCCUCGCUUUCAACGACGCCCUGGCCGAGUUCAAGGCUCUUGACACGAAGGUUCUCGGUGUUUCCACCGACUCCCAGCACUCCCACUUUGCUUGGGCCAACCAGCCCCGCAAGGAGGGUGGACUCGGACCCGACCUCAAGCUUCCCCUCAUUGCCGACCGAAAUAUGUCCAUCUCCCGCGAUUAUGGUGUCCUUCUCGAAGAGGAAGGCAUCGCUCUCCGCGGUCUCUUUAUCGUCGACCCUAAGGGUAUCCUCAGGCAAAUCACUGUCAAUGAUCUUCCCGUCGGUCGAUCCGUCGAUGAGACCAUUCGUCUCAUCAAAGCCUUCCAGUUCACCGACAAGUACGGAGAAGUUUGUCCCGCUAACUGGCACGAAGGUGACAAGACCAUGAAGGCCGAUCCAAAGGGUUCCAAGGAGUACUUCUCGACGGUGGGUGAGGAGGGCCCGAACAAGCGUGCCCGUCAGGCUUAGAUGCAAUUACACGCACAGGGGUAGUAGAGGCAAGAAGAAAGAAAAUCUUAUAGAGCCUUAGAUGACAUAUAGACAUACUUCCACUCAACUUUUUCUUAAUCUUCAUGUGCUUUGAUUUCUAUUCCUUGGGAUUUGUUUCUUGCCUUCUCACGAGAAUUCUUUCUACUGUACUUCUUGACGGCUAUGCUGCAAAAUAUUGUCGCUUUCCACCAAAUUCACAAUUGUUGGGUACGAACGGUCUCUUUAGAUGCGUAAUUCCCUCGUCUUUUCUUUCAGAGGUUUACUUACCGCCUGUGCUCACAAAUGAACGGAACCACACCUGAAAAUAUGGCAAACUAACGAGCGCCUUCCUGUUCACUGGGAUCUCCCUUCACGGGUCCAUCUCUCCCAAUGCAUUUCUCUCGUUACCCUGGAUAUCUCCGGAAAAGUAUAUAUCUAACGCUCAGAU